GUUGAAUUAAUAGUGGUGACCACAGAACAUGCAAAACACUUUUAUGACUCCAAAGAUGUUCCUGCUAAAAUAUAUAGUGAUUCAGAUGAAUGGGAGAUGUGGAAGCAGAGGUCAGAUCCUGUUCUACACAUAGAUUUGAGGAGAUGGGCAGAUCUAAUGGUGAUAGCACCUUUGGAUGCCAACACGCUGGGAAAAAUAGCCAAUGGAAUCUGUGACAAUUUGUUGACUUGCACGGUUAGAGCCUGGGAUCUUAAGAAGCCGCUACUCUUCUGCCCAGCAAUGAACACUGUAAUGUGGGAGCAUCCGAUUACAGCAACACAGAUCCAAACACUCAAGAGCUUUGGUUAUAUUGAAGUUCCUUGCAUUGUAAAGACAUUGGUGUGUGGAGACAAAGGUUAUGGGGCAAUGGCAGAGAUAUCAACAAUCGUGGAAAAGGUAAAAGAAUACUUGGAACAGUCUGCAUAGCUGCUGAUGAUGGGGGACCCAGAGACAACUUUGAAACAUCCACAAUCUUUCACUUCAUUUUCUGUAGAAUAUCAGUUUAUUACUUAUAAUCCUAAUCAAAUUAUGCAAGCAUUAUUAUUACUCAGAGUUGGUUACUGAAACUAAAGUGAUUGAAAAUCAACUCGACAUGUUGUAAAUUGGUAGGCUACUGCUUGGAAACUGCCUGCAAUGUCAAAAAUUCACCAGUAAUCUUGUUAUAAGGCUGUUGAGGACAAGCAGCUUCUGUGAACGUUCCUGUCUGAGGUGAGAUGUUAGCCCAGGCACCUGCCCACAUUAUGACUUCGCCUGUAAAGGAAAUAUGCUUCAGACUAAGACCAUGUAGCAGUGAACAUCAUAACUGCUGCACCCUUGUAGUAUUGAACAAUUUGGGCAUACAUGAUGCCAGGUUUAUGCCAGUAGAAGAUGGCAUCGGCAGUUUAAUACAAUGGAUUAACACAUUCAGUCUGAAUUAUAGAAUUACAUUUCUUUUAUAAGCAAUAUUUAAGAACAACUGUUAUUAAUAUUUAUUGUCUGAAGCAUUCGCUGUGUAUUGCUAGAUCAGACACUUGUUCAUGAUGUGCUCCAAUUCUGUCUUGUGUUACCUUGAAACAAAUGCUUGGUUUUAUAAUGGUCUUGUGCAUGUGAUGAGAACUUGCCUGAUGCAAAAGAAUUUAAAAAUAAAAAGUAGAUUUUCCAA